GGUGUUUCUCUGACGAUUCGGCGUGGGCGUGGCCGGAAGUGGGAUCCUCGAGGAGCCGGUCUGUGGCUGGCGUUCAACUUUCUGGUUCAGAGUUGGUGGCUGCUGGUGUGCAGGUGCUGCGUGUGGGGUGAGAAGGCGGAGAAGACCCGCCGCAAAGAGAGCAAGGCCUGCUGAGAACAUGGUCUCCGAUCCUGUUGCCUGACGGGGGAGUCCGAGCGAAGGACACAUUUGAGAGAGUCACGGAGGGGGCCCGUUCGGGGGUCGGGAAAGUCAAGGGUUUCUGGGGGCCAUCUGGGUGAGGGAUCCUGCAGUCCUUGGGACUCAGUGGGCGUCGGUCGGGCAUUCUGGGGACCUGGGAAGAGAAGGGCAGGGUAAAUUUAGGCUGCAGCCGCUGGGGAUGCUCCAGCUCCCCGGGUCUGCCUUACAGACUGCAUAACAAUUCCUCUAAACUGAGGAGAACGCAGACUCUGCAAAAGGACUUUGGGGUCCUGGUAAGACCACGCACUGGAGAUGUAAAAUUAUCUCAAAACGAAUGCCUCGGUUUGGGCUUAGGACACGCCUCUCCAAAAUGUGAAACUCUCUUGGCAUACUGCCUGGUAAUUUUGCAAAACUGCAGCCACCUCUCCUGUCUAUAAUGUAAAUCUACAUUGGUGAAGUCUAUCAGGAAGAGGGCUGCCCCCAACUAACUUCUCACUGGGAGACUUCAUCUGUUUCUUCCCCAGACUUUUAUAACCCUUGCGUAAUUUGUGUUACACACAUUGUAGCUGUAUAUAGAGUUCAUGCCUCGGUCAUCUAGUCUCUCUUCGUUUAUUGGCAAUCCUGUGUCUGUUGUUUUCCUUGCGAUUAGUUGUAUAUCAGCUUAAUUCAUAAUUCAAAGAAUUUUCCCUGCACUUUAGCAUCCUCUGCGAAGACGUAAGAAUGGUUCGUCUUGGCAGAGAACUAGAACAUUCCAAACCCGCCUGGAUGUCUUUUGAGUUACUACCUUCCCUUAUCAGAAGAAUGUACUUUUUCAUUUUUACCACCCAGAUUUUUACAUGUAUCCACAUGAGUAAAUGCCUGAAUGAAUGAAUGUAUCCACUGUGUUUCGUGUUUUAACCAUCCAGUGUAUAAAUACUCAUAAAUGCAACUGGCUUUUUUUAGUCCAUACUAUUUCCUAGCUUUAUCCAUAUAUGCUAAUACUUACAAAAAUUUAUUGACUCCUUGCUUGUGACAAACACCACUCUAAGCAUUUUUUCAUUUAAUCCUUUGUUUCUAUCUCCUUUUAAGAUGAGUAGAUUGAGACACAGGGUGCUGUGAGAUGCCAUCCUACGAAUGUGCUGUAAUUAUUCUGUUUCAUUCCUAGUUUCUGAAAAUUUGUAGGUACACAAUUAAUUUGCUGGUUAAAGUGAAUAUGGUGGUAUUAAGUGUCUGUAAUUUGAAGUCAGCAACAUGUCCAACUGGAGAAAGUUACUCCAGGUUAAUCACUGGGAGCAGAACCAAGCUAAGAAUGUGCAUUCUGAGAACAAUAGACAGGGGAAGAACGCCUAGAAAAAUCAAAUAUACAAAAUCGCUAGCCAUUAUCAUCAGUAUACAUUAUUAAAAAGAUAACUUACAUUCUUUUUUUAUUAUCUUACAAAGACUGCUUCUCUGGGUUAUUGUGUUCUAGUGCCACUUCAAAUGCUUAGGUUCAUGUGGCUGGUGAACAUACAAAACUAUGUUUACUUUGGGGAUCACUAGAGAAGCUGGGGAGAUGGGUCAGUGGGUAAAGUACUUGCUGGACAAGCAUGAGGAACUGAAUUCACAUGCCCAGCACCCAAAUAAAAAUCAGAUGUUGUGCCCAUCUUUAACCCCAGCACUUGAGGGUGGGAGAGACAGUGGAUCCCAGGGGUUCACUGUCCAGCCAGUCUACCAAAAUAAGCUCAGGAUUCACCGAGAGCCUGUCUCAGAAAAAUAAGAUAUAAUCAGUGAAAUCACCCACUGUCAGUCUCUGGCCUAAGCAUGCAUGUACCACACACAAAAUAAAUAAAAUGUUAAUAAAUGAUAAUAAAAUGAGAACCUGUGUGUGUGUGUGUAUCAUUUGUUCUUAAUGUAAAAUAAACUGAUAAACUAAGACUUAGAACAUACCAGUUUUUGGUGGCCUUUACGUGUCUGUGUUUUAGAUUUUGCUGCCUUUAUUGCUUUGUUGAUAAGAAUGUCUUAUGAUGUAUCUUUACAGUAUUUUAAUCUGGCCAUUUCACCGUCCGUGAAAUACAGGGAGUCUGGCCACUAGAGAGGUCACUACAAGAAUCUUGACACCUAACAACUCUACUACCAGGAUAGCCUCCCUAAAACAUCCCAACAAACACAUCUAAAGGUAAAAACCUUUUUGGUUCUCAGUCCGUUGCUCUGGAGAGUGGCUGGGCCUCGAGAAACAAAGCUAUGCAUCUCCUGCCAGCUCGUCUUUGCUUACUUGACCUUAUCCAGGUUGAAGGUUGAGGCUACUGUUCAAGAUGGUCCAAUAACUGAGACACCAUUUCAAGGGGCAUUGAAUUACCUAUACAAAACAUCAGAUCUUUGAACAAUGGAUGUAUUGACAGUUUGCCAGAUCAUAACUACUGCACAGUAUCUCCACUGGCAGACAACCAAGACAACUAAUGAUCUUUAAUUACCAAGUAGAUAUAUUGUCAUGCCAAUAAAACCAAGUACACAAAGUGUUUCUCCAUUGUAUCACUACCAGUUGAGACCACUCAUCAGCUUGCCUAGAUGAGAACUCUUCUUGAGCCAGCUGUGAAGGAAGUUCAUGGAUACCGGAUUAUGUGCUUCAUCAAACAAGGGAGAGUAGUUUAAGCCGUUGGGGAUCAUUGAAGUUUUACUGCACAGAAAAGAGCAAUGAAGGAGAGUUUCAAGAUAACUGUCGUGUCAAGUGUAACCCGCACCCUCUCGGAAACAUCCGCAGAUCGUGAACCCCACGUGCAGGGCGCCAGCGCCACGCUGCAGGGUGCGGGUGCCCGUGAGCCAGCUAGCCCGCGAACGAGCACGAGCAGAGGAAGGUGGGUGCGCGAGUGGGCCCGGGAGGGCGACACCUCCGGGAAGGGGAGCCACGCUGCUGUGCUGGCAAGACCGCAGUGCCACCUCUCUGGAGAAAGUCCUCACGCCCGCGCUCGCACGCACGUGCACACGGCCAGCAGGGAGAGCGCGAACCAGAGCUUUUCAGUGCAGGGCGCCUUAAAGCCAUGGCAUCUGCCCUCAACAGCAAAAUCCAGCCGCCAGGAACCUGCGCGAGCUCUAAAGCCGACGCCCGCGCUGGCUCGGGCUGGAGAAUGGACUGUGAUCCCGAGAUGCACGUGAAAAUGUGCAAGAAAAUCGCUCAGCUCACCAAGGUAAUUUAUGCCCUGAAUACUCGACAGGAUGAGGCAGAGGCCAGUGCAGAGUCACUAAGGGAAGCCCACCAGGAGGAGCUCCAGGACGCAGUGGCUGAAACCAGGGCCAGGCUCUUGCAGGAACAGGAACGCACCAGUGAAGAUGCAGAGGUGCUUCUAAAGCGCAUCCAGACCCUGGAGAGUGCCUUGGAGCUGCAGAAGAGGCUGACCCAAGAGGCCUUGGCUGAGUCAGCCUCCUGUAAGUUGGAAACCAAAGAGAGAGAACUUCGCGUGGAAGCUGAGCACGCUGAGCGAGUCCUGAUACUUUCCAAGGAGAUGCUGGAGCUCAAGGCUGAUUAUGAGAAGAGACUCCAGCUGCUGACCAGUCAUGAGGGCCCCCAGUGGGGCCAGCUAUCCCAAGAGAGCCCCGAUGCCACGGCAGAAUCUGGCCAGCGACCGGAGAUGCACCAGGUCCUGCUGGAAGUGGAGCGAUUGCGAGCUGAGAACCAGCAGCUGAGCCAGGAUUAUGCCCGCAAAGCAGAGGAGCUACAGGCCACCUAUGAGCGGGAAAAUGAGGCCAUCCGGCAGGCCAUGCAGCAGUCUGUCAGUGAGGCCCUAUGGCAGUGGCAGGAGAAAGAGUCAGGCCUUCGAAAGAACUUCCAGGUCCAGGAGUCGGCCCUGCAGGCUCAGGUCAGGAAGCUGGAAGGGGACCUGGAACACAGAGGGCGCAAGAUAAGUGACCUGAAGAAGUAUGCCCAGAAGCUGAAAGAAAGGAUCCAGGACCUCGACGUGCAGCUGAGGGAGGCUCGGCAGGAGAAUUCAGAGUUGAAGAGCACUGCAAGAAAACUGGGCGAGAAGUUGGCUAUUGCCAAAGACAGGUUGAUGCUCCAGGAGUGUCACGUGACACCGAAAGCUGACGACGUGAAGACUGAGAAGGAAGUCCUGAGGAAAACCAAUGACCCGGAAGCCUGCAGUCUUCACCCUCAGCAGGACCAAGGCUUGCCCAAGCUGUGUCACUGUGGUGAAGGAGGCUCAGAAACACAGACCAAGAAAGAAGCAAGCGGUGAAAUAGAACGCAUGAAGCAGAAAUAUGAAGAAGACCUGCGUAAAGUCAGACAUCAGACUGAAGAGGAGAAGCAGCAGCUCCGAGAGCAGCUGGGGAAGCGCCUAGAGGACUUGGUGAAGAAGCACACUGUGGAAAUGAAGUCGGUGCGCUCGUCUGUGGAGGUGGAAAGACAGAAGCUGAAGGAAGUAGAAGCUCAAUUGGAAGAAGUAAAGACAAAAUCAGAAAGGGAAAUAAAGCAACUGGAAGAUGAGAAAGCUGCCCUCAGUGAGAAGCUUCAGAAUUCUCUACUUGAGGAUCCGUGCUCAAAGCCAAAGGAACCUUCCCAGACACUGCCCGGAGAAGAGGGCCGGGAGACCCUGACAGCUGAAGAAGGAACCAGCAGCGAUGAAGAAGAAAGGAUUGGAGAACCCCUCAAGGAAGGAAGUGACCUACAGCCUCCACUGGGCUCUGUGCUGAAGGAGAAGGCAAUGGAGACUGGACAUCGACCAGGGGACUGGCAGAACCAAAAGGCCAAACUACAAACCCAGGCCACAGAGGAGCUCCUGAAGAAGGAGUCCAGUCACAGCCUCCAGAUCCAACACCAGGCACACCUGCUGGAGCUCCAGGCCCUAGAGGAGAAGGCCAGACAAGAGUUGCAAGAGCCUCUGCUGCUUGAGUCCCUAAGGCAGGAGCUGACAGAGCAGCGAGUUGCCUGCUCUGAGCAUCAGAAGGGACUGGAGGUGCUACAGAGCGAGCAAAGGGCCCUGGGACCCUUGGGGAAGUGGCAGGCCAUCAAUCAGUGUCCAGGGAAUGGCACAGACCACACCUUUAUUACAGAGGUUGUGGGCGUUGUAGAGCUUCCUGGUUCCAUGACCUGCGCGGCCGAGAAGGGGCUCCUGGAGGAGAAUGCUCAGCUCCAAGGCACCAUAUUACGCCUGCGUGCAGAGGUGGAACAGCACCUGCAGGAGGCGCUGCAGCUGCGUGAGCAGCACCGGUUGCUGGAGGAGGACCAGAAAGCCCAGAGAGCCAUGGAGGUGGAGGCACUCCGCCAGGAGCAUCGGAAGGAGAUGCAGGCUAUGGUGGCAGAUUUCAGUGGUGCCCAGGCCCGCCUCCAGGCCAGGCUGGCUGCCCUGGAAGCCGAGCUGAAAGAUUCUGGAGAGAAGCCAGGGAAAGGAACGUCACGACCUGAGGACCUGCAGCUCAUAGGCCGCCUGCAGAUGCGCCUGAAGGAGAGAGAGGACAUCAUCAGGCAGCUCACGGAAGAGAGAAGAUUUCACUAUGCGGCCUUCCCCAGUGCCAUGUCCCACCGAAAUCGGUCCUUCUCUUUCAAUCCUCACCCGGGAUACUUGACCCCUUCCAUGAAGAAAAAGAAGAUGGAGGAAGUUCCCAGCCGAGUGGUGAGCGUGCCAAACCUUGCCUCCUAUGCAAAGAACUUCCUGAGUGGAGAUCUGAGCUCCAGGAUCAAUGCCCCUCCCAUAACUAAGUCACCCAGCCUGGACCCAAGCCCCAGCUGUGGCCAGCCUUACAAACCCACCCAGUUACUCGAUGGGAAAACUGCCACAAGAGCACAAGAUGGAGAACCAGGCCAAGCCAAAGAGGCCCCACAAAAGCAAGGUUCUCCACAUCAGGAGUGGUUUACCAAGUACUUUUCAUUCUAAACUGGUCUUUGGGAUCUGUUCCAAUGAGUACAUUAGAAAAUCAUUUCAACCAUCUGAAGGAAUGAAUUAAAAUCACUCAACCAGGUAACUAGCUGGUAGUGACUUACAUGUGAUAGAUUGCUAAAACAAAGUGUGGCACUAACAUUCCAGUUUCAUUGUGACACCUGCUUAUUUUACAAUUCUUACAGUUAAAGCUGAAACAAGCCAGUUAUUAAAAAGCACCCCUUGGGCAGGGCAAUGGUAGCACACACCUUUAAUCCCAGCAGUAAGGAGGCAGAGGCAGGCGGAUCUCUGUGAGUUCCAGGACAGCCAGAGCUGUUACACAGAGAACCCUGUCUUGAAAAACUAAAAAAAAGAGAGAGAGAGAGAGAGAGAGAGAGAGAGAGAGAGAGAGAGAGAGAGAAAACAAAACAAAAAAAGCACCCCUUGGAAAAUGCUAUCAAUCUCUGAUGACCAAAUUACCAAUCGUAUUUCUAGUGCCUGUAAUGUCACACUCCACUUGGUGGGAUAUCAGACAUGUGACUGCCAUGGUCUGCUUUAAAAAUGUUUUCAUUUUUUCUUGGUCAUCUCCACUCAAAGAAUUAUGCUAUAUAUUUCCACAUAUAUAAAAUGAUAAUUCCAAAAUGCACAUCUCACCUCAAUAUGAAGAGGAAUAAAAUAAAGCCAAUGAAGACAAAACAAACGAAAAACACCAAACCUACCAGGAAUGGACUGUAGCAUGCUUGGACUGCACGUUUUGGCUUCCAAGGUCUAGCACAGGCCGCAGACUAAGGAGGGACAACACCUACCUCACCCGGAACUCUGCAAGAUUAAGCAGUAUACUCUAGGUACAGCCAUCUGCCGGAACUGGAAUGCUCAUGAACUGGAAUGCUCAUGAACUGUUCCACCUGCCACACAUCAGCUUCAGCGACCAUUAUGCAACAGUCUUUCGUGGAGGAUUCUAGACUGUCCUCUGAUGUCAAAGAUUGCUGGACCUCAUACAUCUGCCUCAGAUGUAUGGCUUCCCCACCGCAUGGACUCCCAGGAGAGCCGGGAACUGCCCAUGGUGCUGAACUUGCGAUCAGUCCUUGUCUUACCCUCUGACAGAGAUCGGACACAAUUUUCAGUGGGUAGAUUUUUUUUCUCUGGUGCUGGCCCAGCAAGUGGCUUAUCAACAGAUGCUAAUUCUAUGCAUUGUCAAAUAUUUGCUCUUUGAAUAAAACCCUAAACAACUGGGCAAUAAAAAUGGCUAUGGCUUGUAAAAAUUAGAUGAAGAUAGAGCUCUGAAACAAAUUUCACAUUAAGUUCAGAUUGUCUACAAAUAAAAUGUACAUAAUUAGAUCAUUUUUAGAGAAAUGUAAGUAAAGUAAGUUAAAAAGCCAAACAAGAGUAUGUUGUUGUUGUUGUUUCCGUGUUAGAAUUUGAACACAGGCUCUUCCUUGCCCCUGGUUAGGGAAGUGUUACACCACUGACCUACACUGCCGCCCUGCGAUAGAUGGAUGCAAACAUUUGUCACCAUAUUUGGAAUGCCCCAUUAUUUUUCAGUGCCAACUUUUUCUUUCCUGCUCAGGAUGUGUCUGAUAUAACCUGAAGACACUGCAGUGUUGGACUGCUAUACUAAAAUUUUCAAGAUGGGGUUAAUUCACAGACAACAGAAAUGUCUUGAAGGCUAAGAAAACCAUGAAGGUGCUAGCAGAGUGAGAAACCCAUCCUUUAUCAAUCUCCACUAUGGGACCUCAUGUGCGACGAAGCUGGCUUAAGCCUCUUUAGAAGGGCCCCAGCCCCAUUCAUGAGCAUGGCCUUUUCACUGCUUCGUCACCUCCCACUCUUCACCUCCUAAUACUACAGAGUAAGUAUCCUCUAUCCCAGCACUUGGGACCAGAAGUGCUUUAGAGUGGUAUAGCCCAUGGUUAGCAUGUGCAAGGCCCCGAGUUCAGCCCCACUAUUAAAAAACAAAAAACAAAAACCUGUAAGGUUUUGUAUAUUUUCAAACUCAUGCAUGUACACAAGUUAUCUUAAGAAUGGGACCCAAGUCUAAACAUAUUCCUCUCCAUAUCCAACCUAGUCUUAGUGCACCUCCAUUUUAACUCAAAAGUCUGUAAGUUUCCACUUACUGCAUCAGGUCAGUACUGGGAAAGUUUAAGAUUUGGGAGCAUUUUGGAUUUUUGGAUUAGGAAAUGCCCAGUCUGUUUCCCACUAAGUCUACUUGAUAAUUAGCAGUGAGCACCGUUUUUAUUGCAGGCUUUAAGACAUUAGCUACAGAUGGUUCUGCUUUUUUAAUCUGGGCAUUUCUCCAGAACUUUUGGUAAGGAGCAACAUAGACUCCUUUUCUACUGCCCAGUGUACUAUCUUUUUUGCUGCUGAAACCAAAUACCUGACCAAAAACUCAGAAAAGCUUAUCAUGGUUCAAAGUUUUGAUGGUUCAGUCCACCAUGGCAGAGUAGGUGUGGGGACAAGGCACACCAGGGAGGCAGCUGGUCACACUGUAUCCAGACGGGAAGCUGUAAGCAAGGAAUGCUGAUGCCCAGCUCACUUUCUCCUUUAUUCAGUACUGGAUCCCUGCCCAUGAGUGGUGCUGCCCACGCAUAGGGUGGGCCUUCCCACCUCAGUCAGGAUAAUCUAGAAGAAACUUCCUCACAGACAUGCCAAGAGGCCUUUCUCCUAGCUGAGUCUAGAUCCUGUCAAGUUGGUAAUAGCCAUCAGAUGGGUAAAGGUGGUCAUUCAUUUCAUCCAGCAGGAUGUCUGGUAGUUUGGAUAACAUGGUGACUUUAUUUUGGACUGUAAGAUUAUAAAGUGAUUUGUCUAACUUUAUCAUCACCUCAGGGUGUCUGAGGUUGGGUGUUCUGACCCUGUUGACCUCAGCAGAGUAACAGGGCAAGCACUGCUGAGUGCUUAUGGACAUUUUCAGGUCUGUGCUGUCUGGGCAAGGAUAGUUCAGAAGUCUGGACUAGGGUGACUGACAUUGCUCCUGAGCAGACUGCCCACUAGAGGCCUGAUGGUUGCAGCCAUGCUGGGCAGGCUAAUACCCAGGACAGGUACAUCCCACGUUAAGUUUCUGUAACUGUAUCUCAUGCAACAGCACUUUUGAGAGCAAAACUGGAUAGGAGUCUUUAGUUGGGGCCCAGCUCUCAAGAAUGCCAACAGUUAGUGGUUAGAUAAAGAAGCAGAGAGAAAAAGGAAGACAUCUUCCAGGGCUAAGUUCACGUUCAGAAGAAGUGAGUGUCCAUCUGAUUUGUAGUCAAAGAUGAUCAUAAGCACAAUUGUAAGAUGGACAAAUAGAGUUGCGGAGGACUAGAGAUGGAUACUAAAUAGGAACUGGGAAAGAUCAAGAGAAAUGCUGAAGAGAAUUUGGGUGAGCUGCAGGGAAGGGGCAACGGGCAGACAGUUCAAGUGGCAGAAGCACCACAGUGGUUAAUCCUGAGAAAGCAACUGGCCUGGGACCCACCGACAUGUGGCAAGGGUCUUACUCAGGGAGGCAGCUGCAACAGAAAGGGUUUGAAAAGUUUCCUUGAAUCUGCUGGGUUACAUGUGGGAGCAGCAAGCCAAGGAAAGUCUCUGAAAGACAUGCAGCUUGGAGUUUCUGUUCAUUCACCAACCAGCAAGCUGCCAGGUAGUAAAAACUGAUGAGCUGGGGAGAAGUGGAGAUAUUUCAGUAAGUAACUUUCACGCAAGCCAAAGACCUGAGCUCAGAUCUGCUGUACCAGAACAAAAAGCCCAGCAGAGUAGCUCAAUCCUAGUGCUGGGAAGUAAGAGAGGCAGGAGGAUCACCGAAGUUUGCCAGCCAGCAGCCUUGUAUAGUACAGUAUCCCCAUAUUCAGUGAGAAAUUGUGUAUCAAAAACUAAGGUGGAAAGAAAUGACACGUGACACGGUUCUCUGGCUUCACAAAAACUUCACGUGGACCCCUUGCCCCAAACAAGUUCUCAGAUAUACUAUACACACAAAAAAAGGAUGCUUACAAACUGACAAAAAUGGGGAAAUCAUUCUACCCAUUGAACUCAAUGAAGUAACAAUAACUUAUAUCUAUACUAAUUUAAAAUACUUUUACUAAGCACCAAGGACAAUCCCAGUAUUUUCACCAUCACCUUUAUUAUUGAAACACCAACCAAAAUGUCAUCAGUUUAUUUAGGUUUUAGCCAAGAAAUCCACAAAAUGUAAACCUGAUGGUCAGUGCUUCAUAAAGUGGAUGCCCACUCCCCAACCGUGGGGGUUUGUGAAACAGAAUUUCAUGUCGCCUACAACAGCCUCAAAACUUGCUAUGUAGCUGAAGAUAGCAUUAAACUCUGAUCCUCCUUGCUCUGCCUCCCAAAUGCUAGAUUGCAAACACGCCACCAUGCCCACACUAAAUUUUUUAACACUGUUUAACUUACACAUUUUAAUUAAGGGGACUUGAUGGCCUCAGGCUGGUUCUCAUUGGUCCAUGUGCUAAAUAUCAUUCAACCAAGCACGCACAUGAAAAUAGUAAAAUACUGCAUAAUCAAGAAGAUGACUAAUUCUCACAGGCAUACUGCAGAGCAAGUAACACAGAGAUAGCCCCAAUUUAUAAUGCAUAUGGAGAACUAAAGUUGAAAAACAAAAAGGCUAUGUCCUGGGAUGCAAUGAAGGGCAUUCAGAAGCUUCACGGACCAGAUGGCUGCCCCAGACUAGGCAGGGAGUGGACGUCAAUGCUUGUGCCCAGGGAUUCAAGGCUCCAGAAAACAAAAUGGGCAAGAUCAAAAACAAGCUGGAGAUGCACUGACUGUUCACGAGGUAUAGAAUAUUUUGUUUUGAGUAAAGAGAAGUACUCUACUCUGAAAAAAAUAAAUAACAAGCAUGUAAAACUCAGACAAUCCAAGCCAGCCUUUGGCCCUCAGACCUCACCUGUGCCUUCCUGCGACUCCAUUCCUUACACUGACCAUCACUGCACAGCCCAGAGCACUCAGCACAUGCUCCUGAUGUGUGUGCCUUCAAGACAAUGAAAAAGGACCCAGAAAACGCAGCUUACUCCAGAUAAAAUCCAACAUUAAGGUAAGCAUCCUCCUGUAAUAAAAUAUGCCAGUGGCAGCAUAUUUUAACCACAUUUGACACACACGCAAAAUAUGCUUACCCUGUGCCCCUCUGGAAACAUGGCAUUGUUGAGUCAGAUUCCUCGUAAGGUAGUUCAAAGUUUUGAAACAGCAAAUCUACAGAUCUGCCUAUACUACCAUGGGUGGUUGUUAAGGCUGACACCAAACUCUAUAUCCCCUGGCUUCUCAAACUAUUAAAAAUCUUUUCCUUCAGGUUGUACCAAAUUCACAACUAAAAUAAACCAAAGAGAUGAAGGCACAAAAUGACAAA